AUAAUUCACUAAUCUUCCCUGUGACCCACCUUUUCCUUCAGCUUUCUGAUUCAGUUUCCUUGCAAAUCAUUGCUCAGGAAGCUGAAGCCACAGACUGAAAAGAGCCUGAAGCCAUGGGAUGCUUACCUAAUGCUGGCAAACAGAAUCCAGCCUAGUGUGCUGGCACCAAGAUGACACCAGAGAGUCAAUUCCUGCACUGACUCACUGCUGGCUCUAGGCGUAGCACAAAAUGUAUUGUUUUGAAGAAGGCUGGAUCAGAGUAGUUUGCUCCAUGACACACAGGCUUGUUAACUUCUCCAGGGAGGGCGGAGACAGAGCUGAUCUUCACAGUGCUUCACACUAUGAACCAUGUGAUAUGGGGGUUUUAAGUGCAUCAGAAAUUAUGCCUUCAUGACAAUAGCAGGAGAACUUGGCACUUUUUAUGUCCCCUGCCAAUCGAGAUAAUAAACACGAGUACAAGCUGAUAUGCAGCAGACCAGAGAGGGGCUUGCAGUGGCCAAGGGAAGGUGAACACUCAUUCAAGGUGAUCACUCACUCAAGCCUGCAGACCUGUGACUCCAACAGAGGCUGCCCAAGAAUGACAGAGGCAUGGAGGCUCUGUGGAGACUGCCAGGGAUGGGUGCUAAAAAUCACCACUAUCCAAAGCUUUCAACGGCAAUGUUUACUUCAUUCUAUUGAAAUCACCACUGCAAGAGGCCCUUCAUCUGUUCACUGAACAGAAGUACUGUGGCAGAGUGAACUUCUGCUUCUAUGAGAAGCAGCCCAAAAGCUGCAUACCCGCUCUGCACAAAUCAGCCUCCCCAAGUAAUAAAACUCUGCUUCUGCAUCUGUUCAACAAGUGCUCUGACCCAGCAGUCAGAAACCAAAUGAAUUAAGAGAGUGAAAGCAAGUGACCUCUUCCAAAUGGGUCAUGUAACAAGUCUCAAUUUACAUUAGGUAUUCAACAGCCUCCAAGUAGCAGGAACUUCUGGUCAUGAGCAGCUGACAGAAGUUAAGCCUUGACAAGAGCCUAAGGUACCUCCACAGUCUUUCCUCAGGGGCAGGUAGGCAGACUACACAAACCUUGCAAAAAUUUCAUCAUCCACCGAUAUUAAAUCCAGGGUGGUGAUUAUACUCUUUCAUUUCCUUCUCUUCAGGGUAAGGCACUUUCCUCUCCCUACAAGGACUGCUUUUCUACCAUAUUUUUGUCUCCUGAAGUAAUCUCCACUUAAUUUUCUCUGUGUUUCACAUAAGGUCCCGUUUUCCCCAAGAGUUUGCUCAGCUAUAUCUGUUGUCAGCCCACGCUGCAAGAUUUCAUGUCCAAUAGCAAUGUGAUUUUUUUCACAUGGCACAUAUGUCCUCUGUCAACAUAUACCCUUUAUUUAGUCCAUUCCUUCUCCCUAUGCACCCUGUGGGAUCACUGUGCAGUUAUUUAUUGCUUUUGCCAAGCAUUUAACUAGUCCAAGAAAGAGAUACAGAAAGACUGUACCAAAAACAAACAAAAAAGCACCUCCCAAAAUAGACUUAGUCCUUAUGUUUGCUCUCCCUUUCACCAAACUGCCUGCUGGCAAAAAUUCACAUCCCUGUUCACUGGUAUGCUUUUUUUGGCUGCCAGUGUCUUGGGAACAUCUCAACAGCUGGAUUUUGUGCAAACCUAGAUUCAUAUGAUCUCACUGUGUUCUCAUAUAUGGCCAUUUUGAAGAUGAAUGUGCUAAAGAAUGCUUUCUGUGAUGGCAAUCAGUUACUGACUAACUUCUCAGAACACAAAUAUGUUUGCAUCAUACUCUUUCUUCUGCUCUCACAUCCUCUGUCUUCUGAAAAACCUGCUUUACAUUUUAAUGGGCAUUGCCACAUACCCAGAUUUUUUGUACUUUAGUUGCCAGUUGUCUUACCCUGCAGCUUCCUUCUGAGUAUUUAUAAAUUACAAAAGCAAUCAGAGGUAAUUACCUAAGAUGAUCAAAAAUCUCAGGACAGGUAGUCCUACUGCAAAGCAGAAUCCCACUUGGCAGAAAUAUUCUUUCUGGCUGCAAUUCCCUGCAGUGGAAAAAACUACUCUCUGAUUACAGAAACAACCCCUGGAGGAUAAUACUAGAGAAAACCCACACUAUUUUGUUUAGUUCUCCAUGGCUAUCAGACCAGCACCUCACUAUAGUCAAACAUAACACAGUAUGCAAAAAUAUGCAGCAAGUGCCUUAGAGGGACUGAACUGUUGCUGCAGUCUGAGAGCAAUUCAGGAGGAACCUCAAGGAAACGUGCUCUAAAGGGGGUGAGUGGCCUCAGCAAAGGUGGUCUGGAAUGGAAAAUGCCAUAUUUUUUACAGCAUGCCAAAGAGAAAACUGUUUCAAUGAAUGUUCAUUGCUUUUUAGUGUGCGGCACAGAGCAUGGCAGAGAGAGCUUGCAGAAAUCCUCCAUGAACAGGCUCCCUUUGAAAUACAGAGAUUGCAUUGGAUGAUUCUGCUUUAAAAAAAGGACAAAGCCAAAGGACAAACGCAUUCAGAAAACAGCAGCCAGCUAUUCAUAAAUGUUCUUCUUGUGCUCCCCAGUCCCCUCUCUUUAAAGCAUAGACAGCACACAGAUAACAUCUCACUUCAAAAAUCACAGCCUAACACAUCAGCAUCUCAUAUAGAAACACAAGGUGCAACUGAGGCUGGACUCACUGUUACCUUUUGCACUUCCCCUCUCAGGACCUGUUAAUAAGAAAUUAAGAUUUACGUAAGUUUUCAGCAAGCAUAAUCAAAUUUAUUCUCAAAACAAGAAUUUGAAAUAAUUGCAGUACGCUACAUAGUGAUUCAAGCUAAAACACUGCUAAAACCACUGCCACUCCAAUUUUCAUAGCUAAUUUAAAUUUUUAUUUCUUAAAAACGUUAACGUAUUCAAACCAAGCCUGAGGGCUUAGUAAACAUGGAGGUUGUUCUAUGCCUCAUCAAAGUUAUCAGAUAAAUUCCAGUCACAGAAUCUGUUAUUAUUUUGCCUUGCAACUGAGCUUACAACCUAACUUGUUAUGGAAGUCACUAAGGACAAUUAUACUUUGAACUCUAAGAUAGCAUCUCUACAGCACCAUUUUCAGAUAUUCAAAGAACUAGAUUUUUUGACUGCUAGGGGGCUGGUAAAGACCAAGAAAAUCUGUUCUAGCUUGCAGGGGUUUAUUUUCAGUGGUUCAACCACUGUCUAUCCUGAACAAUGGCCUUUGGGAUUAAUUAGGAUGCCUUACUGGCCUCUCAUUUUUUCUUGCAGUAGUUUGAAAAAAGGUAACGCAAAUGAACAUGAGGAAUAAUACCAGGAAGGAGAUACCUUAAGUGUUUUAACAUCAGCCUAGAGGGGUCAAAGACUGAUACUUAUCCAGUCAACACCCAGGAGCCUGCAAGACAAUGUUCAACCAGGAUCCUGUUAAAAAUCACACACAUUGCCAGUUCUAUUUUUGCGUGUGCUGUUACCAAGCCCAAGCAAUUAAAAAACCCUGCCAAACUGAGAAGAGCUCAGAUGAGAUCAGGAGAUCCUAUGAUAAUGUCCAAACAUGAAGUACCACAACCACCUCUCCCACAAGACACAUUGUACUGCCCAACGAAGGUGUUUCUGUGCUCUUCAAAAAGAGCAAUGGUAAAAGCCCUAUAAGCUCACGAGAUCUAAAGAUUGGAAACUGUGUUUUCCAAUGCUUUGCCUGCCCCAGAUGAAAUUCUACAGGGACAGACACAUACAGCACCCCUUCCUCCUCCUUUCUCCCUUCCUUGCCUUUCCCCACUUGCUAUAUUUACAGCAUCCAAAGCUUUUCAUCGAUUUCCAUUGUAAUCUGUGUACAUAAAUACAAGCGUAAAAACCCCCAACUUUGGGGAGCCUGGGCCACUUCCAGCUUGGCUGGAUAGCUGGGCUGUGCAUGGAGCUGGAAGGGUGUUUUUAAAAGGAGGGAAGCAGAAGAGAACAGCUUAAGAAUCUUGGCUCAGGCUGGGCAUAUUUCCGCCUAACUCUGGCUAAAGCUCAGCACGAAGGGCUGGACGAGGAGCCGAUAGGAAGCCGGGGAGGGAGGGAAGGAGGGAAGGGGGAGAGGCUGCGGGGCUCCAGCACAGCCACGGCACAGCCCGGGCAGGCUGGAAGCAUGCUUUUCCUCUGGGCACUGGCGUUUGCUCUAGUCCUGCAGGAGCAAGACCCUUUAGCUGCUGCUGAUCCUGUCACUAUGGCACCUGAGAGUUUGGAAACAGGAACCUGGUGUAAUGAACACAUGCUCCACGAACGCUUAGAUAUUAUUGAAGAGAAGGUAAUAAAAACAGUGGAGCACCUAGAAUCAGAAGUCAAAUCACUCCUCAACAUCAUCAGUGAGACAACAGUGAAUAUCCCCACCGUUCCAGGAACUCCACUUAUAGACAUUUUUGAUGAUACCAGCUGAGCACUGUGAAGACAGAAGACAGCUGAAUGUAGCAGUGUGGGUGUCAUAAACAGUUGCACUUCUGAUCAUUUAAUAAGCUUGUGUUUCCACAAUUUGUGCAGGGUGAACAACCCUCAGCUGUAGUUUCUCUUCUGUGUUGCUGUGCUUUAUAAUAAAAAGGUAUUUGCUUUCAGA